CCCACCUCCACAAAGUACCCACUGUUCUCUCCGCUUCAACGAGGGGCUCCCUAGAUCUUUCCUACAAGAAGAGUACAACUGCCCGCGGAUCAAACCGAGAUCCACAGACAUCAUUAUAACGACAGAGAACCAGCUCGUGUCUAUCAUUUUCUACAUAACGGCGCCCCCACCUCACCUUUCUACUAUGUCGGCACCUUCCCUUGCGGUGCCCCAAACGGGUCGUUAUGCACACCGCCUGUCGUCCAUCGAGGCAACUCGGGACAGUGUGCAGAUGGGCCCAACAGUCGUUGUUCCCCCAAAGCACCUGAUGGCUCCAUCUGGUGCUUCAGAGGUCGCUACCAGUUUCGAAUCAGCGAGGCAUCAUCUGGAUUCUCAGGUCUCCACAGGGUCAGGUACAUCAUCGCCCAGCGGUACGCCCACCGAGACCACUGUCACCGACAAGUAUGCAUACGCCUUCGAUAUUGACGGUGUCCUCAUCCGUGGCGGCCGACCGAUCCCAGAAGCCAUCGAAGCUAUGAAGAUGUUAAAUGGUGAGAACGAGUAUGGCAUCAAGGUGCCCUACAUCUUCGUCACCAACGGCGGUGGUAAGACUGAAGCCGAGCGUUGCAUCCAGCUCAGUCAACAGCUAGAAAUGGAGGUGUCGCCUGGACAGUUCAUAUGUGGCCACACUCCUAUGGGUGAGAUGGCUGACAACUACGGCACGGUCCUUGUCGUUGGUGGUGAAGGCGAGAAGUGCCGUAUCGUCGCCGAAGGCUAUGGCUUCAAGGACGUGGUCACACCAGGAGACAUCAUCAAGGACAACCAGGACACCACACCCUUCCGCUCACUGACCGAAGAGGAGUACAAGAGAUCGCGAGUCCGCAACUUCGCCGAGGUUGAGAUCGAGGCUAUCUUCGUCUUCGCCGACUCCCGUGACUGGGCCUCUGACCAGCAAAUCAUCCUGGACUUGCUCAUGUCUAAGAACGGUCGCCUCGGCACCAGGUCGGAGACUUUCGACGAGGGCCCACCUGUUUUCUUCUCACACAAUGACGUUGUCUGGAGUGCAUCCCACGACCUUACCCGUAUUGGUAUGGGUGCUCUUCGCGUCUCUCUUGAGGCUAUGUACAAGGCUGUCACUGGCAAGGAGCUUCAGACUACCGCCUUCGGCAAGCCCCAAAUCGGCACAUUUGAGUUCGCUACUCGCCUCCUUAAGAGGUGGCGCAAGGACACUCACGGCAUCAACAAAGCUCCCGAGACCGUCUACUUCGUUGGUGACACCCCCGAGUCUGAUAUCAGGGGCACCAACGAGUUCGACAAGCACACCGACGAUGCCAACUGGUACUCCAUCCUCGUCAAGACCGGUGUGUACCAGGCUGGAACCAAGCCCAACUUCACCCCUAAGGCCACCGUCGACAAUGUCCUUGAAGCUGUCAGGCAUGGCAUGGAGCGCGAGUACAAGAAGCAGCUCAAGGAGAGCAUGCUCGCUACUGGUGUGAUUGAGGAGGAAUAAGUCCCUCGCAGGCAGCUUCUCUCAUACUCUUCGACUUUUCCUGUUUCUUUUCCGGUAUAGCAUUUGGUGUUCGGGGUAUUUGGUCAUUUCAUUUCCUUACACCACGGCCAAGGGCCUUCAAGAACAAGACUGAUGAACAGUAGCAUCAUGAUACCAGACAAGCAGAAACUGCAGUCACAGUUAGGUCUUACAAUAUAUCACACUUGAACUUAUAAGUCUUUCCUCAACUCGGCAUUGAAUGGCUUCAUUCCAUACUUUCUUUCCAACACUUCCAAGGGCAACGUCACUCAACUAUCGUCCAUCGUACGAAGUCUCUCGUACAUUUGCUCACAGCAAUCUUGGCCAUCCCGGCUCUUGAAGACCUUGAUGUUUCACAUACAACCUUGGUACCAAUUUCUCUUUGUCAGCCGUUAGUUUCACCCUCCCUCCACCGU